AUGCUGGAUCCGUAUCCGCAGCCACAAACCGCCGAGCUGCGGCGACGCGCGCCGCUGGACUACGGCACGUCAACCGUCGAAGCGCCGGACCGGUGGGACUACGUGGUCGUGUUCCCGAACCCGCCCAAGCACGUGAUUGAAGUGAGCGACGAGCGCGACACGAUCAUCAAGCGACUACGGGGGGCAGGGCUGCGUCUGCGCCUUUUCUACUCUUCCGGCAAAGAGCUCGUGUUCUGCAAGAUCCGAGCCCCAGAGGACCUCAUGCGACGCGAUGCCGAGCUCCUUGGCAUGCGGCUGCAGCUGGACUCGACGGAGCUGCGACACGCGUCGUUUCACGGCAUUCCCGAGUACGGCAUUGCGCCGUUCCCGCUUCGGGACGUGAAACAGACGUACCGGUACUCGCCAUUUGACUACAUUUUUGCCCCGUACUUCCAAGCUCGAGACUUGCAGCACUUUUAUGCGAGGAAAGGGCCGAAUCACUCGCUCUUUUCGAGCACGGACCGGAUUGGACUCAUUGAGCACAUUAUCACCAAUCACCAGACAGGGGCGGGGCAAGACAUUGAUCGACUGAUAUAUGAGCAGAUUAUCGUCGAGACGUACCCGUUGCAUGAAGAGCACGAGAAGAUGGAGCUCAAGGAGCGCUGGCUUGUGUGGAACACGUCGCCUAUGAAUCAGCCAUUUGACCGUAUCUGUCAGUACUUUGGUGUCAAAGUAGCACUUUACUUUCUUUAUGUGGGGCACUACACCAAGUGGCUCUUGUAUCCGACGCUCGUGGGAAUCAUCACGGGCGUUGUGAGUUACAGCAUUCCACAUGACAACUACAGCACCGUGUUUGCCUACAUCUCGCCGCUUUUUGGAGCAUUCAUGACAAUCUGGAUGACGAUCUACCUCGAGAACUGGAAGCGGCUUAGUUCACGAGAGACGCUUCGCUGGGGUACUGCACACUUCUCAGAGACAGUCAAUCUUCGCCCGCAGUUCUACGGUGAGCGCAUCCCUUCGCCCAUCAACGGCAAGUCUACACGGUACUUCCCCCCACGUGAAAAGCUGAAGCGAGUAGCCUACAGCUGGGUGGUCAUCUCCUUCCUCAUCCUGAUCGUCUUUGUCAUCGUGUCCUCGAUUUUCAUGCUGACGUACGACCUGACGAAGGGCGACGACUCGGACAAGCUUGUGCUGGAUAAUUACAAGUACGGAUCGAUUUUGUCGUCCCUUGCAAACGUUGUCCAGAUCACCAUCAUGACAAAGAUCUACAAUUACGUCUCCAUUAUGCUUGUGGAUCAGGAAAACCAUCGCACGGACAUGGAGUAUGAAAACAGUCUCAUCAUCAAGACUGUCAUUUUUCAGUUCGUAAACAAUUACGCGGGUCUGUUUUAUGUCGCGUUCCUGAAAGAAGGAUUCGAAGGUUGCGACGUGAGUUGCAUGCACGAGCUUGAAUACAUGCUCGCGAUUGUGUUCUGCUCGCGGCUAUUUGUGGGCAAUAUUGCCGAGGUGGCUGUUCCGCGCUUGUUCGUGUACUUCAGCAGGUACCAGCUGCUGGGCCACUUGAAUGACUACAAGCAGUCUGACGCUGAGCGCGAACUCUUUAUGGCACAGUACGAUUGGCACGGUACCUUUGACGACUACACCGAGAUGGCACUUCAGUUUGGUUUCACGACAAUGUUUGUCGUAGCUUUUCCAUUUGCGCCUAUGCUUUCCUACGUGAACAACUACUUCGAGAUCCGCUUGGACGCGUACCGUCUCAUUUUCGAGUCGCGCCGUCCGCGCCCGCGUAACGUGCGCAGUAUGGGGUACUGGUACCAGGUGCUGCAAGCUUUUGCAGCAAUUUCUGUGUGCACAAACGGAGCAGUCAUCAUUUUCACCGGUGAUUUCUUCAACUACUUGGAAACGUCCACUCGGGUGUGGAUGUUCACGAUAUUCAUCAAUAGCAUGUUCCUGUUCAAGUACUUCCUCGAAGUCUGCAUUGCCGACGUGCCUGAGGACGUGACAGUGCAGAAGUACCGCCAAGAAUUCCUCAUCAGUAAGUGUCUGUACCACAUGCCUGACGAUGACGUCAACUGCCCCAUCGGCGACGACUGCGACAUCCCGGCGAAUUCGUUCACCAUUGACGAUGAAGACUCUUCGUGA